AUGCGACGAAACUCGCUGACGAGUAUGCUUGGCGAAUUUGUCGGCCUUCAGCGGAGCCCCGAUUUUCGGCUCAGCUCGCGAUCGCAUCAGGAGAUUGAUGAAGCGGUGCAGGAUGAGAAGCGGGUACGUUUUGCUGUUGAUUUUGAGCGGCCGAAACUCAAACCGAGACAGAGGUACAUGUCGGAAGGCGAUGUGACGAUAUCGAGGAAUGAGCCGAGAAUCGAGUUUGACAGGGCUGGAAGUGUGGUAGACGAAGCGGCGGUGGUGAUGCGAAACAAGAAUCGAGCGCUGCGCAAAGAUCGACCGACGAGUUUGAUUGAUCGCAUUCGGCAGAAGAUCACGCACACCAAAACGGGGGCGAUCACCGAGUCGGACGAGGAGGAUGAGCAGCCGACGUUUGUCCGAAAUCCGUCGACGCGAUCCGAGCGCCUUCUGAUUCACAUCACGCCCGUCGAAACGGUGCCGAUUCGCGUCGUUCAGGUUUCGCAGUGA